AUGUUCCGCACAGCAAAUCCAACAUCAGCCCUCCCCUCACCGUCAGCAAUGCAACGCCAUGCCGGUGCGCCUUCUUCAUCAGCAUCACCAGCCAUCGACCGACACGCGACGGGCUCAUCGCGAAUGGCGGGACCCAAACGAUAUCCGCAUCGUCUCAACUUCUAUAACAGACCGCCGACGAUGGAGGUCACAAUCGAUCAGUUUGAGAGCUGGGCGAUCGAUCGACUGAAGGCUGACACUCCGCUGCACAACCAGGACACGCACCUCCCCCUUUCUGCCUCGACGGCCUCACGCAACGGCAUCGACAUCGAGAUGGAACGCAUGAAGGACCACAUCUCCCACUUCGUGCUGCGGCUGGCCUUUUGCAAGACUGAAGACUUGCAGAGACGCUUCGUACGCGCGGAGAAUGUCCUUUUCCGCCUGCGCUUUGAGACGGACGACUCCACUGCGCGUGAGGCCUUUCUACGUACGCUCGAUCUGAACUGGGAGCCAGUCUCACAGCAGGAGAAGCAGCAGUUCAAGGAGGAGCUACUCGCCGCGACGCCGUCGUUGGGGCAGAGAGAUUGGGACGGGGAGGCAUUCUUCAAAGUGCCCUGGACGAAAGUGCCAGACCUCGUCGAGAAACGCCGCGUCUUCUUGCGCCGCGGCGUAGCGUGGGUGCCCAUGCGCGAGCAGUCCAGCCUCAUCAUGGCCGAAUUCACCAACCGCCUUAACAAGGAGCUAGAGUACACUGCGCGCUCUCUGCCCCGUCUGGACGAGGACGAUCGCUUGCUCCCCCUACUCAACCACCUCUCCCUCGGCUUCCUCGCUGGUCUCUCCUCCGACUUCACAAACAGCUCAGCAGCAAUGGUAGGCGAGGACGGGCAGGCUCUCGAAAUCCGCGCAGAGAUGAUCAACGCCCUCGUCAAGAAGCACGCCCCCAUGUGCAUGCGCCAAUUGGGCCAGACGCUCGAGGAGCGCAAGCAUCUCAAGCACCAGGGCCGCCUGCAGUUCGGCCUCUUCCUCAAGGAGCUCGGCCUAGGCGUCGAACAGGCCCUCCUCUUCUGGCGACGCUCAUUUGCCAACAUCACAGACGACAAGUUCAACAAGGAGUACAAGUACAAUGUGCGAUACAAUUACGGGUUGGAGGGAAAGCGAGUGGACUACCCUGCACGAUCAUGCGCGAGGAUCAUCAUGCAGGACACGCCUGGACCGCAAGAUACGCACGGAUGCCCGUUCCGCCACUACUCGCCUGCCAACCUGGCGUCCACCCUGUCUACCACUUACGGCUUGGGUCAGGCGCAGAGUAGCGAGAUUCUGGCGACUGUCAAGUCGGGCCACUAUCACGUCGCCUGCACGCGAUUGUUCGAGAUGACGCAUGGCGUGGCGAGGGGCAAGGGACUGGAUGGUAAAGGGGAGAGUGUGGCGCAUCCGAACCGAUACUUUGAACGCAGUUGGAAGUUGCAGCAGAGCGGUGCGGUCGAUGAGGCGGGGGAUGACGAGGGAGAUAGCAAGGCGGGGAUCAAGAUGGAGACGGGUAAUGACGAGGAGCCCAAAUGGACCAAGGCGGCGCUCAAGGCAGAUACGACGUCGUCGAAGCAAGCGGCGCCCAUUGACGUCGAUGAGUUUGGGGACGAUGACUUUGACUUUGAUGCGCUGGAUCAGGUUGAGGCGGCAGAGUAUGAGAAGAGGGCAGCUGCGACGGGCAACAGCGGGACAUCGUCGCCUGCUGCAGCGAUUGAGACGCCAGGAUCAGCUGGCAAGGGAGACGACGGCGAGGGCGAGGGCGAGGGCGCCGGCGAAGCUGCAGCGCCGAGCGAGGAGAUGGAGGUUGAUGAGGAUUGA